AUGAACUCCAUGAACAUCGUCCCCAAUAAACGCAAGAGAGUACUAAGAGCCUGUGACGAGUGUACAAAGAAGAAGGUCAAGUGUGACGGCCAGAACCCCUGUAUCCAUUGCAAGGUCUACAACUACAAAUGCUCGUAUAACCAACCAGCAAACAAGAAAUCAAAGAAUUUCCAAGCAGACUUGCAGAAUAAGAUCACCAGCUAUGAGUUCUUUUUAUCAAUGGUGUUCCCUGGCAUCCAGUUGCCCAAAAUCGCCUCGCUACAAGCCAAAGACAUUGCAUUUGUCCAAUCAUUACUACAACCUCCCGAUAACCGCCCCAAGCUGGAACCAUUGGAAGAAAAUAUCGAUAAAGAUUUUCCUAUUGACGAUAAACAGGGACCCAGUCUAGACAUCAAGCAGUUUGUCGAGAAAUUUAACGCGGAGGCCCUUCCCGCCGCCGCUGCUGCUACCACCCCCAACCCCAAGCAAGAGGGCGACAGCACACCAAUGGCCACCUCGUUGUCGUCAACCAGCAAUAACAAUAGUCAAGCGUUUAAUUUGAAAUUGGAGCCUGACAAUGAAGUUAUCCCAUUAUCUAACGAAAAUAAUACCACCCCAAUAUCUGCCACCAAUAAUGAUGAUGAUGAUGAUCAUCAUAAUCAUGCCAGUUCGCAGUUCAAAGUGGUGAAAAUCAGUUUACCAUCACUCGACGAUUCCCUUAGAUUACUACAUGUCGCUUGUGAUAGCGCGUUGUUGUUCAAGUUUUAUAAUCGUCUUAAUUUGAUCAAUAUCGUCAAAGAUUUCUAUAACACCGCCGAAUCUUUUGCAACCAAUAACAAUGAUCUCCACCAUAACAAGAAAUUGGCGUGCAUUUACAGUUUUUUGGCGAUCGGGGCAUUACUCGAAAAUGACGACAACGCCUACAAUUAUUAUAACGCUGCUUAUUCGUUGAUCAAGAAAAAACUCGUGGAAACUAACGACGUUAUGAACAUCCAGACCCUUUUCUGUCUUAUCAUCUUUUUGCAGUGCACUGCCAACUUAUCCACCUGUUAUUCUUUUGUGGGAAUUGCCCUAAGAUCAGCGUUUAGAAUCGGCUUGCAUCGUAAAGCAGAAAACUCUAAUGCUAUUGUCCAAGAGAAUCGAAAAAGAUUGUUUUGGUCCAUCUACAAAAUCGACGUCUACAUGAAUACGGUGCUCGGUUUACCCCAGAUAUCUGACGAUCAAAUAGAUCAAGAUUUACCCUUGGAUAUCGAAGACGAAUUCAUUGCCGAAACUGGAUACAUUGCUCCCAAAAAUCGCAACAAGAAAUUGACCACCAUUGCGAUAUCUAAUGAUCAUACCAAAUUGAUCAUUAUCUUGAACCAUAUUGUGAAAAACAUUUACCCCAUCAAUACCGACUCGUAUUAUGAAGAGAAAACUAGGGUCAAGGAUACCAAGACGAAUUUUAUUUAUCAACUUAUUUCAAAAGUCAAGCUUAUGGAGCAGGAGCUCAGUGAAUGGCUUGAGAAUUUGCCGAUGGAGCUCAAUCCUGACAAUAUCAAUAUCCCCAUCAAAUUUUACAAACAGAAUAGAUUGCUCAAAUUGGCGUACCUCCACGUGCAAUUGGCGCUUUAUCGGCCAUUCAUUCACUUGAUUUCGCAUAAGUAUAUCCAGCUACCAAAUAUUAACCAAGAUCUGAUAAAAUACGGGAUGAAUUGUAUUAAUGUUGCCAUCAAGAUUAUUGAACUUGCCACGGAAAUGCACGAGCAUCAAUUGCUUAAUGGUGCGUACUGGUUUAGUAUCUAUCCGAUUUUUUAUUCAGUCGCGUGUUUGGUGUAUUAUAUUCACGAGAAUUCUAACAGUGAUCUUAGUGCCAACGUUUGGCAAAUCACCAAGUAUGCAGAAAAGGGUAAAGAUGUGUUGGUUGACCUUAAAAGUUCGUCAAUGGCGGCGGCGAAAACUUACCAAACGUUGAAUGUGAUGUUUGAAAAAUUGAAUCGUCGGACAAAGAAGUUUCAUACCAAUCAUCAGAAAUAUUUUGAAGACAACAAGCCUGGAGACCAUGAAAUAUUUGGACCAAUGGGGUUGCAAGAUCAGCAACGACAGAAUAAUGGUGAAGGUCGUUUUUUGAAUGGGACUUAUUAUAAUGCUGAUCUGAUUAUUACGAAUCCUCAACCUUCUUUCCAACUUGAUAUGAAAUACCUAGCUACAGAAUUUGCCAAUGAUAAUGAUAAACAAAAUGGUGAGACUAAUUAUCAGUCGAAGAAUGCCGAAAUAAAUUCGUCUAAUUCUCCUAUACCGAAUAAUAAUAAUAAUAAUAAUAAUGGCAAUAGCAAUAACAAUAACAGCAAUAGCAAUAGUAAUAAUAAUAAUAACAACAACAAUAGCAAUCCUUUCGAAGAUCAACGUUAUUUUGGUGGGAUGAUUGACAAAUUUGAUAUGAAUUUGUUUGGAAGAUUCUUGCCUCCAUAUAUGUUGGAAAGUAAAAGUAAUAAUAGCAAUUUCAACCAACAAAUGUCACGAAGUGAUUCGAACCUUGAAUUACCCAAUCGAUAA